GGACGAAGAAGUAAUUUGAAAGAGCGGGCAAUGAAGAAAGGAAUUUUUUGUAUCCAUACUUUCCUGAUAAUUUUAUUUAGUCUGGUCCUCAUCACAGGUACGUAUACAAUACCAUUAUUCAAGGAGACCAAAAAAAAAAAUCAUUGCAAGAGGAUAUUGUAUAAAUACUAAACUACUUUUUGGCAUAUAUAGUGUCCUGGAAGAUGAACUUCAACCGUGAUUGUUGAUUUUGCGAAAAGUGAUCUUAGUUAUGAAAUGUCGGAUCUAAGUGAGGAAAUGAUCGCCAAUAAUAUUUAAGGUCAGAAAUAGCCAACAUUAAAUUCGCUUAGAGUUAUCUAAAGAUAGUAUAAAGAAUUAUGUUUUAGCCUUAAAUGUAGAGACUCGAAGAUAUUUCGAGCUAAAUUGAAAUCUCGACCAAUAACCAAGGGGACGAAAACGGAGACAGCAAACGCCUGUAGAACUCAGUGUAUGUAACAACAUAAGACAGACGAACCUACCCAGUAUCAAAACGUAAUUGAAAUGGUUUGAUGCCGAUAUAUUUCUAUUCGCAGUCAAGACACGCCCUCUUCCACACCGUCGAUACGGUUUUCCUUAUUUCAUCCCAGUGCCGUUGGCCCUUCCGGGUGGAAGAGGUGUGAACUAUUUGUCACAUGAAACAGAGUCUUUCGGUGAAGACUUGAGUUCUCGGAUAAGUGAGCAAAGUCGUGAUGUUGUCAAUUUAGGAGAUGAUAUACAACACACCACAGAUGAACAAAGUGAAUUGGUUGAGGACAUCGGUAGAGAGGUGGACUCAGACGACUCCAUGCCAUUUCCAGCAAAUCACCUGGAGGAAGAUUUUCCAGAUGGAGACGAUGAUGAGGAGAAUGGCCGAAAAAUCGUCUAACCUGCCAUAUUGUAUCUCCUUAUACAAAACAAUUAUUCACCUCAGUGUCGGUGGCUGGUGUAUUUUAACGAGCCGCGAAGCGGCAAGGUAAAUUUCCAACACUAGGCACCUGCACUUCGGUGAAUAAUUGUCUUAGUAUAUACUAAAACAGUGAGAUAA